CGGCAGGGGGCCCGGCGGCAGGCGGCUGUCCGGCACUAGCGGGGCGCUGGGCUGGGGUGGGGGUCGCCCAAGAUGGCGGCGGGCGGCGCGGAGGGCGGCUCGGGCCCCGGCGCUGCCAUGGGGGAUUGUGCGGAGAUCAAGUCGCAGUUCCGCACCCGCGAGGGCUUCUACAAGCUGCUCCCCGGCGACGGCGCCGCUCGCAGGUCGGGUCCGGCUUCCUCCCAGACCCCGGCGCCGCCCCAGCCGCCGCAGCAGCCCCUGCCCGGCCCUGCCUCCACCUCCGGCCCCGGUGUUGCGGGCGCCGCGCCGUCCCCUCCGCCCGCAGGCCCAGGGCCCGGGCCCGCGCUGCCUGCGGUGCGCCUCAGCCUCGUGCGCCUCGGGGAGCCCGACGGCGCCGGGGCCGGGGAGACUCCCGCCACGCCCGCAGGGCUGGGCGCUGGGGGAGACCGCGUCUGCUUCAACUUGGGCCGCGAGCUCUAUUUCUACCCGGGCUGCUGUCGCCGCGGGAGCCAACGGUCCAUUGACCUCAACAAGCCGAUUGACAAGCGGAUCUAUAAGGGCACCCAGCCCACUUGCCACGACUUCAACCAGUUCACUGCUGCCACGGAGACCAUCUCCCUGCUGGUGGGGUUCUCAGCCGGCCAAGUGCAGUGCCUGGACCUCAUCAGGAAGGACAGCGGCAAGCUAUUCAAUGAGGAGCGGCUCAUCGACAAGACCAAGGUGACAUAUCUGAAGUGGCUGCCUGAGUCAGAGAGCCUGUUCCUGGCAUCACACGCCAGCGGCCACCUGUACCUGUACAACGUCAGCCACCCGUGCGCCUCGGCCCCGCCGCAGUACAGCCUGCUGAAGCAGGGCGAGGGCUUCGCCGUCUACGCGGCCAAGAGCAAGGCGCCCCGCAACCCGCUGGCCAAGUGGGCGGUGGGCGAGGGGCCCCUCAACGAGUUCGCCUUCUCGCCCGACGGCCGGCACCUGGCCUGCGUCAGCCAGGACGGCUGCCUGCGCGUCUUCCACUUCGACUCCAUGCUGCUGCGGGGGCUCAUGAAGAGCUACUUUGGGGGCCUGCUCUGCGUGUGCUGGAGCCCCGACGGGCGCUACGUCGUGACGGGUGGUGAAGAUGACCUGGUCACCGUGUGGUCCUUCACCGAGGGCCGCGUGGUGGCCCGAGGCCACGGCCACAAGUCCUGGGUCAACGCCGUGGCCUUCGACCCCUACACCACGAGGGCUGAGGAGGCGGCGGCUGCCGGUGGCGAAGGGGAGCGGAGUGGCGAGGAGGAGGAGGAGCCGGAGGCCGCGGGCACGGGCUCGGGCGGGGGCGCCCCCCUCUCCCCGCUGCCCAAGGCCGGCUCCAUCACCUACCGCUUCGGCUCGGCCGGCCAGGACACGCAGUUCUGCCUGUGGGACCUCACCGAAGACGUGCUCUACCCUCACCCUCCCCUGGCCCGCACCCGCACCCUCCCCGGCACGCCUGGCGCCACGCCGCCUGCCACCGGCAGCUCGCGAGGUGGUGAGCCAGGCCCCGGGCCCCUGCCCCGCUCGCUGUCCCGGUCCAACAGCCUCCCACACCCAGCGGGCAGCGGCAAGGCGGGCGGCCCGGGGGCGGCGGCGGAGCCGGGGGCGCCCUUCAGCAUCGGCCGCUUUGCCACGCUCACGCUGCAGGAGCGGCGGGACCGCGGGGCCGAGAAAGAGCACAAGCGCUACCACAGCCUGGGCAACAUCAGCCGCGGUGGCGGUGGGGGCGGGGACAAGCCCAGCGGCCCCGCCCCCCGAAGCCGGCUGGACCCCACCAAGGUGUUGGGCACCGCGCUGUGCCCGCGCAUCCACGAGGUGCCGCUGCUCGAGCCGCUCGUGUGCAAGAAGAUCGCCCAGGAGCGGCUCACGGUCCUCCUCUUCCUGGAGGACUGCAUCAUCACCGCCUGCCAGGAGGGCCUCAUCUGCACCUGGGCCCGGCCGGGCAAGGUGUUCACAGACGAGGAGACCGAGACCCAGACAGGGGAAGGAAGUUGGCCCAGGUCACCCAGCAAGUCAGUGGUAGAGGGCAUCUCCUCCCAACCAGGCAACUCCCCGAGCGGCACAGUGGUGUGAAGCCAUGGAUGUCGGGGUCCCCCACCCCAUGCCCCCAGCUCCUAGCAUAACCGUCCCCGCUGACCUCAUGGAUCAACGUAUUAACAAGACUAACCAUGACGGAUGGACUGCUCCAGUCCCUCUCCCUGUACAAAUUUGGGGCAGAGGGUCCCUCAGACCGGCCCAGACUCGGGGGGGAUGUAGUGGCCCGUGUGGCCUCAGCCUUGUCCCCACCCACUGCCAAGUACAAUGACCCCUUCCUCUGAAACAUCAGUGUUAGCCUCACCCCUGUCCCCAGCAUGUGACUGGUCACUCCUGGGGGAGAAACUCCCCGCCCACAAGAGCUCCAGCUCUGCAGCGCGCCUCUCGGUCCUGUGUGCAGCGCAGGGGUUGGCCCAGCCCUCCCCUGCCCCCCCCCACCCCGCCCUCGCUGUUACUUGUGCUUUUGAAGAAUGUUAAAUUAUGGAAGCCCCUGGGGUCCUCGCUGUCCCCCAGGACCUCUUAUUUAUACUAAAGUUCCCUGUUUUCACAGUGUCUCUGUUCCCUUCCGCGGAGGUAUGGAGGAAAUGUGUGGGUGCUUUCGAUGCAGCCCUAGAAUCAAUCCACUUUAUCCAGAGGAAGAGCUAGGCCCUGCCUCCCCCCAACCCCCUUUUGAGGGCAGGAAGAACUGAAAAGCAGAGGACGGAUGUGCCCGAGGCACACAGCUGCUGGAUCUGCCGCUGGCCAGCCCCGGGCAGGGCCCUUCAGACAGAGGAGAGUAUCCCUCGCCCCAGUCCAAACUCUCGGAGGGAAGAGAGCCACCAGGACCCCCUCUUCAGAGUCUUCAGUGGGAGUUUUAAAAGUUGUUUCAAAGUGUCCAGAUAUUACAGGGCCCCCCGCAGACGGUUCCCGAGAUGCCCAGAGUGAGCUGCCACAGCAUAGGCCCUGGCCUUCUGCUGCCGCAGGCCUGGCUUGGCCGGGCCCAGGCAUCCCGGGCCAAUUAGAGACCAUGGUUUCCUCUGGGAGAACUGUCCACCCUGGAAAGAACAGCGAAAAGCCCUCCUGGCUGGCUCUCUGGAGCCACAGGGAGUGGUGUCUUCCCGCUCCACCCUCCACCCCCCGAAAUGUUUCUGUUUCUAAUCCUAGCCUGGGCAGGAAUGUGGCUGUGCUGCCAGGGUCCAAGGAGCUAUUUUGGGGGCUCCUUUGCCUCCCCCAGGCUUUGGCCAGUGGGUCACCCCUGAUCCUGGCUCCUAAGGGCCUCCCUUCCCGAUUCUCUCACCACCCCUUCCCCAUCUCUUGCCAAAAAAAAGUGUAAAGCAGAGGGCCUGAGGGCUAAAUUUAAACCAUCCCAAAGUCUGAAUCCUUGGCUGAAUCACCCGCAAAGCUGCCCUGGCCUCUCGCCCCCCUUCCCAGGCCUCACCCCAUUGCCUCCCCCCAGCCCCCCCCCC